AUGGGUUCUCCGACUGAGUUCUACCUUGCGACCUUGUGGGGAUACAAGCCGAAGGCUGUCAAGCAAGUAAUCGAUCGUCUGGUUGACAUGAAUUUUGCCCAUGCCAAGUUCACCUACGACAAUCAGUACCACUGGUUCAAGGUCACCUGCUGCGAGGACGAUGCGCAGAAUAUUCAGGAGCAAUUCGCCAUCCUGUCCGGCGAGAUUGAGGAUGCUGCGUUUGAAAAGUAUGAAAAUGAUAUCUUGAACGACGAUGACACACUUAAGCCACUGUUUGACAACGAGUGGUUCAGCGAAGGACUUCUUGAAAACACAUCGGAUGAUGAAGUCGGUGAGUCCGAGGGGUAUUGCCGUCCGAACAACCUCACCGGAUAUCCCUGCGUCGGAGUAUGGGACGAUCUGGACAAGAACAGAGAGCCGUACUCUGUUUGGGAUCUUAUGACUGGCACCGACUAUCAAAAGCUCAAGAAAGAGACAGGCGUUGAGCUAUCGGUUCAGCUCGUCGGCAAGUUAAUCCAUAUUGGUGGCUAUAGCGAGCAAGCUGUGUACAAGGCCCGGGAGAAGUUGAAGGUGCUGCUUACGAUCAAGAAGCUGUUUAGUGCACCGCGCUUGGCAGAGAACCUGCUCUAUGUUGAGGACUACGUCGAGCCGGACCAAGACGAGUUCAGAGCCGAUAUUCGAUACCUGACUAAUAUCGACCCAGAGUUGACUUCUUCGACCCUCCUCGAUCGACUCAGCGUAAACAACUUGGGAGACUCUUACCAGACGCUCUACCGUGAAGCAGCAUCAAUCCGACUUUGCACCUGGUCCCCAGAGAAGCAGUUCCGCGUUUCCUUACUCGGCCCCAGAGUCCCACAUCGGCGCAAGGACAGGACCGCCUUGAGGAACCGCCCUGUCGUCCGCGCAAGAAAAGUCGACCAGCUUGCCAUCACUGGAGCAGAGCCCAAUGUGUCUGGACAACUUGAAACCGGAACUGGCACUCGGGUUGAGACUUGGAUGGAAAAGGUUCCAUGCCACGUUGGAACUGUGACUAAGCCGGCGCAUCCGUUCCUCAAUGCUCAGGCUACUGGCGCAUCCUCAGCUUUGUCUACAAAUGAGAGCCUGAUUGACCUCGUCGAAGAGCCACUGGCAUCCGCUGAUGAGCUCCCCGUGGCAAUCGCAUCCCAAACGAACGGCAGAGCAUUGCCCUCAACUGCUGUCGCUACCCAGAGCCCCUCUCUUCGGCUACUGGAAUCACUCUCAAUAACCAAGCGCAAUGAUGACGCGAAAGAUGGACUCGCAUUCACCGGUCAUGACGCUCUAAUUGACAUUUUUGCGCCUGUGGACCUAGUGAAACAGAGCUAUGCUCUAUCUUCGGGCAUCAACUGGGAUAUGCCUCCCCUUGUCCCAUCGACUGCCGGUAGUGAAGGGACCAAAGAAAAGAGCGCUGAGUUCGAAGAGUGCUGUUCAGCCCACGCUGGCUCAUCAGAGCGGAACCGGACCGGAAUGACGGCCUUCGAUGCAAACCCAUGGCGGCCCCGUCAAGCAAGCGCCACCCAUGACAAGGAGAUCAUUGACCGAUAUAAGGCGUAUCUUGAGUCGGGCGCCGAGCCUUUCCAGCCUUGGAGCGCAUCACAUACAACCCAGCCACAAAAUGUCCUCACCGGAACCCGAGCUUCUGACCAGUUGCGGACAGUUGAUGACUUCGCCGCCGAUGUUGAAGCAGCGAUGACCAGACUCCUGUCUACUGGACCGUAUCGGCGUGGCAGGAUCGCAGUGCGGGUCGAAUUCGGGCGCGCACUUCUCGUAGUGGCGGAUCAGACCGGGCUCGCAUUCAAUGACAGCAGGACACCCAGCAACGGAUGGAAGAAGCCAGAUCUGAUGCAGAAUCUCAAGAGAGGGUUUGGUGCGAAUCGAAACUCACACUUCACCAAAGUAUUGUCUACAUAUGCCUCUGACAUUGAGGAUAUGAUCAACAUGAAAGUGAAGGACACUCGCCUUUGGGAAGAGAAGCCAAGUCGUGCCUGGACUGUCUAUUCCUUCUACUGCAGCCUGCGUUCUAUGGAGAAGCUGGGUCGCUUCAUCGUCGACAUUGUGGAUGAUGGCACCGCGAGCGAUGCUUUCUCAUACUCAAUCCGUCUGCAGAACGAGUUUCUGGAUGUUGAUGCACCGAUGCCCAUUUGCAUACAUGCGAUCCGGCGCAAUUGGGAUCUACGGGUCGUGAUGUCUCACGUCAAGCCCAAUCUUCAGGAACAAUACGAGGCCUUCGCCAAGUCCCUGCAACAGACUCUGACUAUUGAACGCGAGGGCCGGACCCCUCCGGUUCUGAAAUAUGCUGUUCACACCAGCUUUGCUGUGAAAAUUGAUGAAGUUCGUGUCCAGGUCAAAUGGCGUCACGCCAGUCACAAGAACCUCAGUGCGCUCGAGAUCACGGAAGUCAACCAAUACGAAACAGGGCCGUACUCAGACGACGGAGUAUACUCUUCUGGAAAUGAAUGGGAAGGGUAUCUUGCUCGCUACCCCACCGAUCGAGUGAUCAAAGGGAUGCUCUCUCGGGGCGAGUUCCCGCGCUGGUAUGAGGCAGCGGUGGUGUCUCUCGAGCUCGAAAAGCUCUGCCAACAGAACCAGACUCUGAAAUUCGGCGAGAAAGCCGACUGGGAAGUCGGUGAUCUCAAGGCACGCGGUGUCUUCUUUGAACUCUAUGGUCCGGCCGUGCAAAUGGUCAAGAACAUGGACCAUGUUGGCAGGAACGAUGACAACAAUCUGUCAACGAAAUACGGCCACCUGCUGCUUCAACCUAAUAACCCUCCACCUUCCGUCCCAGGAUCACUUCCAGUUGAUGGGCAGAACAAGACCCGACAGCGACAGUCCCAGAACCGCGCAAGCAACUCAGACGGAACGGGGUCCGAGAUCGCGUCGACUCGGUCCGGUUCUGCGUCUGCUCGCCUUUCGUCGACAUAUGCGACUUCCAGAGCCCAAAUUACAACACAGGACAAGCCCGGGCUGAAGUUCUGGUAA